AUGUCAGCUUCUAUGUUAGGUGUCUACCACGCUCAUCCCGUCUUCGCCAACACCGUCGAGGGCUUGCUCUAUCCCUUCCUCUUCUCCCUCUUCGAUUUUGAAACCCUCCCCGACAAGCCUCACAAGAACAUUGUAAGGAUGCUCAAAGGGAAGCCCUUUCGCAAGCCUGACAUAUCCAUCACCAUUGAUAAGGCCAAGAGCAAGGGCAAGGAUGGGUUGGUCGUCGACGUUGGUACCAACGUGGGUAUGGCCACCUUCGCCGCCUCUGCCAUGGGGUUUCAGGUUUUGGCGUUUGAGCCCAUGUUAGAGAAUUUGCAAAAGAUCUGUGAAGGGAUUUACUUCAACCGAAUUGCGGAUUUGGUCACUAUGUUUGAGGCCGCUGCGUCGGAUCGCGUUGGUAACAUUACCGUUUACAAGAAGCAGGCUUGUUUUAGUUGGAUACCAAUUCAAUUAGCUGGGAAAGAAUCAUUUGAAGUGCGUAGAGAGAAGAAGAAACGUAGAGAAAAUAACUAUUGA